AUGUUCGCGGGACGUACGAAGGCGACCAAGGCCCUGAAUUGGAAGCGGACAGUGAAACUAUCCUCCAACGGAGUCGCUCUGUGUGCUAUGCUUUACAGUAUUCAUGACGUAACUGCGCGGGGUGGCCACAUCUUGAUCACGACCACCAACGUCAUCAAGCAGCUGGAUAACGCUCUCCUAUGCCCAGGGCGCAUUGAUAUGGAAACUGACUUCGGCUAUGGCUGUUCAGGGACAUUUCGCACGUCCUUCACGCAGCCGCCACCAGGGACGCCCUGGGUGUUCUACGCACUAGAGGACAGUUUCGCCCACAUUCCUUGCCAACUUGUGCGGAGUAGACGUCAGAUUAUAUCGUUCAUCCAUCGGCUAUAUUCGCAAAGAUUGUCACUCCUUCUCGGUACCGUGCAGCAGAGGUUCAGACUUUAUUUUGACAGUACAGAAAUCGUCCUAUAG